UAGGCUCUGGGCGACCCCGUGCGUGAGUGCGCGGAGCUCCCGAGUAGCUAGACGCGGCGGGCGCCAUUUCAGGGAGCAGUCGCUGCCGCCACCAGAGCUGGCCCGAAGCGGCCUUUAGUAUCCGAGCCGCCCCCUUUUCUGAGGGACUUGCCGCCGCUGGGCCUAUCCCCGUCCCUAGCGCCACCGGAUCCCGGGCACCUGAGCCAGAAGCGUAACCCACAGCAGCGCAGGUGAUAUACUGUGGCUGUGUGACAUACAUGAUGUGACUGAAACACUAUAAUUGGCAGAGAACUCUGAAAUUAUAGAAAAUGAUGGUGAUCUUGAAGGUGGAUAGUCUUCAGAAUCCUGUGUCCUGAAAAAUGGCUGACGAUAUUGAUAUUGAAGCAAUGCUUGAGGCUCCUUACAAGAAGGAUGAGAACAAAUUGAGCAGUGCCAAUGGCCAUGAAGAGCGCAGCAAGAAGAGAAAAAAGAGCAAGAGCAGAAGUCGCAGUCAUGAGAGGAAGAGGAGCAAAAGUAAAGAGCGCAAACGAAGCCGUGAUCGUGAGAGGAAAAAGAGCAAAAGUCGGGAAAGGAAACGCAGCAGAAGCAAAGAACGCAGACGUAGCCGCUCUAGAAGUAGAGAACGUAGAUUCAGAGGCCGCUAUAGAAGUCCAUAUUCUGGUCCAAAAUUCAACAGUGCUAUCAGAGGGAAGAUUGGUCUGCCUCACAGCAUCAAAUUAAGCAGACGGCGCUCCAGAAGCAAAAGUCCAUUCAGAAAAGACAAGAGCCCUGUUAGAGAGCCAAUUGAUAAUUUGACCCCUGAAGAGAGAGAUGCUCGAACAGUGUUCUGUAUGCAGUUGGCUGCAAGAAUUCGGCCAAGAGACUUGGAAGAAUUUUUCUCUACUGUAGGAAAGGUUCGUGAUGUGCGGAUGAUCUCUGAUAGAAAUUCAAGACGUUCCAAGGGAAUUGCUUAUGUAGAAUUUGUUGAUGUUAGUUCAGUGCCUCUGGCAAUAGGACUAACUGGACAGCGUGUUCUGGGAGUACCAAUCAUAGUACAAGCAUCGCAAGCAGAGAAAAACAGAGCAGCAGCAAUGGCCAAUAACCUACAAAAAGGCAGUGCUGGGCCCAUGAGACUGUAUGUAGGAUCAUUACACUUCAACAUAACUGAAGAUAUGCUUCGCGGAAUCUUUGAACCAUUUGGUCGGAUUGAAAGCAUUCAGCUGAUGAUGGAUAGUGAAACUGGACGCUCCAAAGGAUAUGGAUUUAUUACGUUCUCAGAUUCAGAGUGUGCCAAAAAAGCAUUGGAACAACUAAAUGGAUUUGAGCUAGCUGGCAGGCCAAUGAAAGUAGGUCAUGUAACAGAACGCACUGAUGCUUCCAGUGCUAGUUCAUUUUUGGACAGUGAUGAACUGGAAAGGACUGGAAUUGACUUGGGAACAACUGGUCGUCUACAGUUGAUGGCAAGACUUGCAGAGGGUACUGGUUUGCAGAUUCCCCCAGCUGCACAACAGGCUUUGCAGAUGAGUGGAUCUUUAGCAUUUGGUGCUGUGGCAGAUUUGCAAACCAGACUUACCCAGCAGAAUGAAGUUCUGGCUGCAGCUGCUUCUGUACAACCACUUGCAACACAAUGCUUCCAGCUUUCCAAUAUGUUUAACCCUCAAACUGAAGAAGAAGCUGGCUGGGAUACAGAAAUUAAGGAUGAUGUUAUUGAGGAAUGUAACAAACAUGGAGGAGUUAUCCACAUUUAUGUAGACAAAAAUUCAGCUCAGGGCAAUGUGUAUGUCAAAUGCCCUUCAAUCGCUGCUGCCAUUGCAGCUGUCAAUGCAUUGCAUGGAAGGUGGUUUGCAGGUAAAAUGAUUACAGCAGCAUAUGUUCCUCUUCCAACAUACCACAAUCUUUUCCCUGAUUCCAUGACUGCAACUCAGCUCCUGGUUCCUGUUCGACGAUGAAGGUGGAUUUCGUCAGUUUUGUAUAUAACUAUUUUUUGGAGGAAGAUUGAGUUAUCUUUUAUUUAGAUAAAACUAAAGGAAAGGUUUUAAUGUCAUUUUGUGUACACUUCCCGUUACCUUUAAAAAAUAAAAACUGAGUAAGCAGGAAUGCAGUGUGCUCAUUCUCCCUGACUAGCAUUCCCACUGUGUACAAAGCUGUUGACUUCCUGUUCUGCCUUGUAAUUCUUGUACAUUUACUAAGGUGUUCUGUAGGAACUGAGAAGUAGCUCAUAGAAACGAAUUUUGUGUAAAAGGCAGAUGGGACAUAAUGACAUUUUUAAUGUUUCACACAAGCCUUUCUUUUAAUGCAGUAAUUACAUUUUACAUUUCACUAAAUAUAGGUGCUCUGUUAAAGGUCAAUAUCUGAUAGAAUUAAUGAAGGGGCAUAUUUAGUGUUUUGUAUAAAUGGAGAAUUCAAAAGGCUACUGAAGGAGCUGGUUUUGGUCAGCUGCACAGCUUGUUUUAUGCCGAACAGUUGGUGAGAAUGGGAGGAUUCAAGCGUUUUAUUUCUUGAUGGCAACUUUUGAUUGAUGUAUCUGUAAAAGUUUCUUUGUAAAUACUGUGUGAGGUGUGUCUAGGGUUCCAAACAAAACACUCUCUGCAUUUCCAGAGAAAAGUUGAAUUGAAUACAGGUAGUGUGCACAGUUUAAUGAUACUCAGCAAAGCCUAAGAAUAAGUAGAAAAUGCAGAAAGAUGUUUUGUCUGGUUGCAUAUAAUCUUUGCUCUUUUUAAGCUCUGUGAGCUCUGAAAUAUAUUUUUGGGUUACUUCAGUGUGUUUGACAAGACAGCUUGAUAUUUCUAUCAAACAAAUGACUUUCAUAUUGCAACAAUCUUUGUAAGAACCACUCAAAAAUAAAAUUCUCUUAAAAAGGC